ACAUCAAACGGGAUUAACGCACAGCACCACCAUCAAACUGACCUCAAGCACAUUGUUACCACCUUCAACCUUUGCCUUUUCCUUCCCUUUUGUUUUAUCCUUCUUCUUCACACUUCACUGCUUCAUCGUUCAUUCUCCAUAGCAGAACCACCAAAACCCUAAACCCCAAAAUGCGAGGCUUCGCCUGUCGAGCCUCCAACUUUCUCAAGCGCAAUCUCGAUAAUUUACCUUAUAACCCUAAUUUCAACUUCUUUAGAGAAUUCGCGCAAUCCACCGCAAUCCCCAAAAAGCAACUUAGGGUUCGUGACCACGGCUACGACAACUACAUGGAAGUGGAGAAGAAAACGCGCAAGGUCCUCAAAUUUCAGAGCAUCAUCCUCGCCGAGCCCACCCAAUCGCUCCCAAUCUCGCGCCUCGAAAACCUCGCGCGCCGCUUCGGUUUCACGCGCUACGAGGCUGGUGCGUUCGUCCUCAAGUUCCCGCACGUCUUCGAAAUCUUUGAGCAUCCAGUCCAGCGCAUUCUCUUCUGCCGCCUCACCCGCAAAGCCAUCCUCCAGAUUCAGCAGGAGCGCCAGGCGCUCGCGGAACAGAUUCCACGCGCCGUCACGCGGCUUCGGAAGCUUCUGCUGAUGACGAACGAAGGCAGGCUCCGCCUCGAGCAUGUGCGCAUCGCACGCUCCGCCUUCGGGCUUCCCGACGACUUCGAAAACUCCGUGGUUCUGAGGUACCCUCAGUUUUUCCGUUUGAUUGAUGCAAAGGAAACUAGGAUGAAGUACAUUGAGGUUGUGGAGAGAGACCCUAGGUUAUCAACUUGUGCGAUUGAGGAGGUUAGGGAGAGGGAGUAUAGAGAGAGAGGUGGUGAUGCUGAGGAUGUUAGAUUUUCUUUUAUCAUUGAUUUUCCACCUGGUUUUAAGAUAGGUAAGUAUUUUAGGAUUGCAAUGUGGAAGUGGCAGAGGCUUCCUUAUUGGUCCCCGUAUGAGGAUGUUUCUGGGUAUGAUUUGAGGUCCAUUGAGGCGCAGAAGAGGAUGGAGAAGAGAGCUGUUGCCACCAUUCAUGAGUUGUUGUCGUUGACUGUGGAGAAGAAAAUUACAUUGGAGCGGAUUGCACAUUUCCGGAUGGCGAUGAACCUGCCCAAGAGGUUGAAGGAUUUCCUGCUCCAGCACCAAGGUAUUUUCUAUGUCUCCACUAGGGGGAAUCAGGGGAAGCUUCACACUGUUUUCCUUAGGGAGGCGUAUAGAAAAGGCGAGCUUACUGAGCCGAAUGAGUUGUAUUUGGCACGGAGGAAGCUAGCUGAGCUUGUGCUGUUGAGUCCAAGGAAAGCCAAGGUUGAUAAGGAGUUGGUUGGGUACAGGAGAAGCAGGUUAGAGGACGAAAUGGGGCAGGUAACGAGGACAUAUGUGGAGGAUGCCUGUGAAGACUUUAAGGGGGAAAAUGGUGUGGGGCUGGAUAAAGAUGCAGAGGAUGAUUUGACGUCAGAUAUAGGUUCUGAUGUUGAUUUAGGAGAUGAGGGUGAUGAUUUUAUCGAUAGUGCAUCACUGCAAAGGACAUCAUAGCUGAGUAUUUGGGAACCUAUUUGAGCUACAUUUCCUUCAAUUUUCCAAUUGAGAAAAGUCUCUUGAUACAGUUCUGAAUUCUGAAAUUUUGAAUUCUAACUUCCGAAA